AAAUAUUUUAAAUCGAAAUUCAUUUUACUGCUGAAAUAGUACAAGCAGCAACAGUGAGUUCUUAAUUCAAUUCUGUUAAAUAAUAAGUUGAAAGCGACAAAGUUGCAACCAUGGCUAGGGUGUUGAUGUUAUUGUCUGUGAUAUUCGUCAGCGUAUAUGUGACGGAACAAGCAUACUUUUUGCAAAAAGAUUUCAUUGACAAUAUCAAUGAACAAGCGACUACAUGGAAGGCAGGUGUGAACUUCGACCCAAGUACACCAAAGGAACAUUUUCUAAAACUUUUGGGAUCAAAAGGAGUACAAACCCCAAACAAAAAUAAUAUUAAAAUGUACAAAUCCGACGAUGCAGCUUACGACAACUUGUUCGGCAGAAUUCCAAGACACUUUGACGCCAGGAGAAAAUGGAAAAAAUGUCACACGAUCGGAGCAGUUCGUGACCAAGGCAACUGUGGAUCGUGUUGGGCAGUGGCCACGAGCUCGGCUUUUGCUGACCGUUUGUGCGUAGCGACCAAUGCAGAUUUCAAUGAACUAUUAUCCGCCGAAGAAAUCACUUUCUGCUGUCAUUCAUGUGGCUUUGGGUGUGAUGGAGGUUAUCCGAUAAAAGCGUGGGAACGUUUUAGUAAACACGGUCUAGUAACCGGGGGAGACUACAAAUCCGGAGAGGGUUGCGAACCAUACAGAGUCCCACCUUGUCCUUAUGACGAACAGGGCAAUAACACUUGCGCCGGUAAACCAAUGGAAUCAAAUCACAGAUGCACAAGGAUGUGCUACGGAAAUCAGGACCUCGAUUUCGACCAAGAUCACAGAUACACACGUGACUACUACUACCUAACAUACGGCAGCAUCCAAAAGGACGUUAUGACUUACGGACCAAUUGAAGCAUCGUUCGACGUAUACGACGAUUUCCCCAGUUACAAGUCAGGUGUUUAUGUGAAAUCGGAAAACGCUACAUACUUGGGAGGACAUGCCGCUAAAUUGAUCGGUUGGGGUGAAGAAUACGGAGUUCCAUACUGGUUGAUGGUCAACUCAUGGAACGCAGAUUGGGGUGAUAAUGGUCUUUUCAAAAUUCAACGAGGCACAAACGAAUGUGGUAUCGAUAAUUCGACAACUGCUGGUGUGCCAGUAACCAACUAAAAGUAUUAUUUUAAUUAAUUUAAAAUAUUAACUACCUUCUUGUCAUAUAUUAUGUGUCCGAAUAAAAUCUAUUUUUAAAUGAUCUUAACCGUAUUGUUCUUAUAUUGAUUUCUUUUGUGGACAUUUUUAACCAUGUGAUUUUGAACUGUUGAAGAUUUACCUUUAUAAUGAUUUAUUCAAUAUUUCUGUUUGCACGAUACACGUCUGAAUUAUUAAUUCAACUUAUUCAAACUAAUAAUUUCAAGAAUACGUAUAGUUGAUUAUUAUUCUUUUAACUCUGUACUCGAUAAUGUAUUAAUGUAUGGUGUAUUCAUUGCAAUUGAUUUAUUUUGAUGAAGAAACAAUGUAAUUAUAAAUAAUCUGUACACUAAAAAAUUCCAAUAAAUCUGUUAUUUGCCAUAUUA